AUGGCCCAGGGACGUCGCCGCGCGACGUCACGGCUUGCAACAACCUCGUGUAUUAUGCUCACCACUGUGCUGAUCUUGCUGUACAUGAUCGGAGCGAGUGCUGCGCCGCCAGCGCGCAAGACAGCUGACAUGUCGAAGUCCCAUACUUAUAGCAGUACUACAGUCAAGGGGUCUCCCAUCCAGAUUCUGCCUGGAGCAGUGAAGGCCAUCCCGCCACUCCCACAACACCUCAAGCUUGCAUACGGGACCCCUGGUCAAGCCAACGAGACAUCGAAUAUGCUGAGUCAGCUAUGCGGCCGUUCUCGAGAAGAUCGACAGGGGGUAGAUGCCCUGACAAUGGAUGGUCGCCAGUCUUUGACAAACUGGACAGAGGUUCAGUGUGCCCUUCGAUGUCUGCCCAGCGUUAGAAAUAUCUACUGGCAGAGCGACGGGCUCAUGCCCAAGCUUCCUCAGACUCUUUCAGAAUACCUUCCCUCCGCUCGACUGCACCUAACCUCUCUCGAUGCCUUGGGUCAUUUUCAUUGGGGUCCUCCUCACGGUCACAAGCGGGGCAACCACUACCUAGAUCUGAUGGGAUCGCCUGCUGUUGAGUCAGUCAAGGUGGCCGUCAUAUAUGGCGGCGAACCGGCUCCACAACCUAUGAUCGACCUUCAUCGUCUUCUCACAUCUUGGCCACACGUGACUUCGCUUGAUCUUCAGCUCGGCCACGAAGGUUGCGUGGUGAGCGAUGGUCAGCCACGCGCAUUCAACUUCGAAGAUCGUCAAGUGUUUCAUGCGCCAAUGCCUGUUCUGAAGGAAUUGAGGCUGAGCGGCUAUGCAUUCGAUCAAGGCGCAAACGGCGAGUUCUCGUAUUCAAGUGCAGGUCUCCCGAAAGCUACCAAUCUCUUAUGGCCGUUCAACCGUCUCGAACAUUGGUGGGCGCAUUCUAACAUCUUUCCGCCGCUUUAUUUCUCCCUAGAAAAUGCACGAGUGUGGAUGUUCGAUCAUGCCAAUAGUACAUCGCGCUUCAGUCGAUGGGUGAGCUCGGCGUACAUGAGGAUCUCAGGAGACCACGAGAUAGAAGAGGCUCAGUCUUGCGACUUCCCAUGUUGUCGCAAGCCGGACAGUGGCGACCUCAGAAACAGCAACCUUCAAGCAUGGCUCAACCGAACGAGCUUCUCCAACAUCACGACAUUGUCGCUGAGCGGACUCUAUGACGAUAUGGCCUAUGCCCUGCUCUUUUCAGCGAUUGACUCAUUACAUGAGCUGAGCAUUUUCGGUGUCAGCCAGUGCGAUGCGCAGAAGUUGUUGCAGCACUUGGAUUCACCCAAGCACUCCCUGGAAGUCGUGUCCCUUCGUCAUUUCCAGGUACCAUUCAACGAUCCGGGAAUCUUGAUUGAUGCUCUUAUGAGGAACCAGGCAGCGCUGACCUCCCUGUCAUUGCAAUUGAUCAACUAUCUCGACGUUCCCUGGCCUGCACGUUCAACGUACCUGAACACGACGCACCUGGCACGGCUUGCCUCUGGUCUGCCCAAUUUGACAUCUCUGGACGUCGACAUCGACCGAGAUCAGCCACAUGAAGCUUUUGAUGCAACGGUCCAAGCAUUCGAACGAUUUUCUAAGCUCGAAGAGCUUACCCUCCGCAGUGGCUCACCUGGCGAGCUUUACAGUCAUACAGGACCCGAUAAGUUGUUCAAUGCAAGCAGCCUCGCUUCGUUCGUCGAGCGUCUAUUGCCGCCAGUACUGGCGAUCAAUGACACCUGUCGAGUUCCCACGUUCAGAAGACUCGAGCUUCUGCUAGGCGAAUGGGACCGACGCCACGAACAUAGUAUGGGUGGUCCAGAGCACGAAUAUGUCGGUCGUUAUGUCUGCAAGGUGUUGAGCAACGAUUCAGAUAGCCCGAGCGGAAGCAGUCCCACUCCUGCAGCUCCUCGUAUCUCGUGCUCUGGCGGACUGAUGGCGCCAGACAUGUGGAGUGGCGGCGUUAUAUGGCAGGAAGGGCCCGACUCGGACAGCCUCAUAUAUUCGCGGAAGAUCAGAAACAUCGGCUUUCCUCGCGACAUCGAGCUUCUGGGACAGCUAUGGGACGAAGCAUCGUAG